AUGAAGACGGAAAUCAACACAGAGUCAGGAUCGACCACUGUCGUUCACGACUUCAAGCUCCCUUCACCAUCAAUCCUCUCUGUCAAAGACCUAAGUGCAGGCAGUGGGAAAGAAAACCAGAUCAGAUGGCAUUUGAAAAGCAAACUCAAUCAUUUCAUAUCUGGGCAAUGCAGCAGCAGACAUCUCACUGGUUUCCAUGCCCUCUUCACCAAAGGAAAGAAUAAUAUUCACGACAAUGACGACAAAAAGAAGGCCAGAACAAACCACAUCUACAUUCCCCUGGACAUCAUCUUCGACAUUGCAAAACAUUUGGACGCAGUAGACUACACCAUCUUACGCUAUGCGUGCAGAGACUAUUACUACAUGCUCCCACCGACGCGUGAACCACUCAUGGCUGACCCCUGCGGCAGAUCUCUCCUACUAUCCAGACUAGUCGACAGCAAUCUUCUUCCUAAGAUCUAUCUGAAGCACGGUACCCUCCCGCUGACUCCUCCGCUAACCAGCGAACAAGUCAAGAAGAUGCUAUACUGGGAACGUAUCAACAGCUGCCAGCUCUGCGACAGGUUAUCCUUUGACGACUGCUUCGACAUGUGUCCCUUACAUGCCCGAUUUGAUUCCCGCCCCAAACUCCCCAAGGGACGAACAAGGCUCGAGCUCGCAUUCCUCCUCUUCGGCUGGUCCAAGGGCUUCGGUUUCCGCCGCAUAACAACCCGCGAGGCAUACUUCCGCUUCCUCGAAAGACUCGCUGCUGCCACCACUGCCGCUUCUUCUUCUUCUUCCUCCUCCGCGUCGUCUAGUUUUCUCGCUCCAGUAGACAACAGCAGCUUCCCCGAUACCUGGCUUGAGUAUGCAUAUCGCUCUAGUCGUCGUAAUCAGGGACCCCACGGCGAUAGGGAGAUCAUUAGAUUCAACUGCUGCCGCCAUUGUCUGGGUGUUCUCACGGAGAAUCUGGGUGUGGAUCCCAGCCCCUGUGUUUACUGUCAGUGUUCGCUGUGCGGCUGGGCUCCUGUCGAUAUUCUCCGUAUCCAAACGAGCAGGCCAGACUGUAAUGGGAAAGCUGUGUACUAUGUACCACUGGGGAUUAUGAGAGAUCGCGAAAAGGCAGUUCCUGUGUCAGAACGUUUGAGGAAGUGGACUUCUCAUCUUACUUAUUCCUCUAAUCGGGAAUAA